AUGGAAUAUAUUGAAAAAUAUUAUGGUACAGAGUCUCAAGAAGCAGAAAUGAUAGUAUUUGAACCGGAAGAGAAAAUGAAAAAGGAAGUGGUACAAACAUUGUGUUUUCAAAUGGAUCCGAUUGGACAAACACUUGUAAAUGAAAUGAACAAAAAUAUUAAAGAAACAACCCAAGGAACUAUGGAACAUGUGGUACGUCGAGAUUUACAACCAAAACAAAAAGCACGUUUAGCAUUGAUAACAUCAUUUAAUUCAAUGUUCUACUGGAAACCACCUGGUCAAAUAACAGAAGUGGAGACAUUUUUUUAUGAAACGUACGAGAAAAAUGUGGAUACACGUAGCGUAAUAAAAGCAUAUCGAUGUGAUGGUUUAUUUCGUACAUGUCUUACCAGAGAUAAUAUACGUGUCCUGGAAUUAGAUUCCGAAAUUGAUGGUCUUAAAAUGUAUCUUUUUCAACCAAGAAUAUUCUUUUCAAAAGAUUUCCUAAAAUUAUUAAAUGGUAAACAACUACGACAUUAUAUCACUCAAAUAGGUUCACAACCAAUAAGACAAUCGAUUAUAAUUCCACGUUUUUCAAUAAAUUCACCUGUUGGAUUACGAUCGGUAUUUGCAUUAUGUAAGCCAAUCUAUCAUUUCAUUUUCAAGAAUAAGCAUCCACAAUUUCCGUAUCCGUGUAUCGCUCGAAUAUUCUCACCGGAUAAGGCUGAAUUCGGAAUGAUCUAUGGGAAAGCUUCGAGGGAAAAUUUUGGUCCAUGUCAUAUAUAUCCACUUUGGGACUAUUAUCAUAAAACUAAAAUGGCUUUGAAAAUCGGACAACCGGAAUCAAAGAAAGGAAUUGAUGAUGAAAUGCGGGUUGUAACUUUUAGUCAACGAACAAUGAAAGAUGAAAUGAGCGAGAAAAAAUAUCAGCAAAUAAUAGCUGUAACCGGAAGAAUGAUGAUCAUCGAAGGUCAGGUUGGAAUUGAUCGAAAACAUUAUCUGAUCGGAAUUCUCGAAAAUGAAAAUGAUGACAAUCGUGAUGACAAGCGACGAAUUCUCAAUUCAUUUGCUAAAUCAAAAAGAUUAGGCGCAGUUGAUACAAAAGAUGCGGUAAAAAAAAACAAAUGGAAUUUUAUUGAUAAUAGAAUUUCUCACUCUAACAAGCAAUUACAACAAUUAUUGAAAAGUGGAAAAAAACAAUUAAGAAUUCAACACGAUAUUGUUCGAAAAAAAGAAUUGCCACAGCAAAAAAGCUCAAAAAGUGAAAGUUCAACUAAAUCAUCAACAUGUAAAUCAAAUGGUGGUACUCAUCAACAAGUUUCUAAAAGAGAUGAAGAAACACAACACGAUGAUAAGAGAGAUGAUAACAAAUAUAGUAAUAAUAGUAGUGAUAAGAGUAGCAGAACGCAAUCAUCUAUAAAAUAUUAUGAUAAUGAUAAUGACAAGAGCAGCAGAACGCAAUCAUCUAUAAAAUAUCAUGAUAAUGAUAAGAGUAACAGAACGCAGUCAUCAAUAUCUUCCCAUUAUUCGCAACGUUUCGCAGCGGGCGCAGAAAUCAAUAAGCAAAUUUUAAAAGAAAAUAUUGAAAAGACAUCAAAUGAAAAAGCAAUUGGAAAAUUGAAAGAGACAAGUUUACAAAAAAAACAAGCAAUUUAUCGUCUUGCAAAAGGACCUGAAAUAGCACUUGCUAAUAAAAUAGAUACCAUUAUGGUAGAGCGAGAUGAGAUACCUCAUAUUAAUUCAUACUUUACAGUAAAAUCAGAGAAUAACAAGGUCAAAGAUAUGCAAGCUGAUAUCAUUUUUAAUACACCAUUCCUUUAUAUGAUUGUUAGUAAAUCAGAAGUUGGACGAUAUUUUGUUGUUAGUAUGGGACGAUUUACGAAUAUACAGGAAACAAAUCCACCAGAAAAUAUAUAUGCUAGAGAUAUACCAGUGCUAUUAACAGAUGAUAAUAAUAACUGA